AUGCCACAGGGCUUGUGGGACCUGUUGCCGCCGAUGCAGUUGCGUCCCUCCGGGAACCGCCGGCAACUACGACGAGUGCCCUUGCUAUGCUUCCUUGACCACUCAUGGCAGCCGUCGCAAGUGCCCUUAAUUGUAAUCUAUUAA